AUUUUUCAGGCUGCGGCUUCACUGCCUGAAGAUAUGAGGCCUGGUCCUGAUCUGUAUGGUUUCCCGUGGGAAAUAGUGAUUUGUGCUGGCAUAGUUGGAGCCUUUACAGUUCUCUUGUUCCUGUAUAGAAGUUAUCAAUCAGUUAGAAGUCGACUUUAUGUAGGAAGGGAAAAACAGCUUGCCAAUAAAAUUGCUGAACUAGUUGAAGACAAAUGCAAAAUUCUUGAAAAACUCAGCCUUUGCAAAAAAGAGUUUGAAGAUUUAGAAUUGUCUCUGAAGGAUGAUAACAUUGUGAAAGAAUCAACAGACACAUCCUUUUUUGAGGAAAUGCAUGAAAAACUGAACAAGUCAAACUUGGAACUCAAUCAAGAAAUAGAGAAUCUAGAAAAAGAACUGGAAGAAGAAAAAUCUAAGCAAUCAGAAAAUGAUAACUUGGUGGCUGAAGUUCAGAAGAGAGUGGAGUCUUUAGAGAAUGAAGCAAAAUCUAUCCAGUCACAAAUUGAUGAGGCCAAGUCCACCCUAAAAGUAUAUCAGGUUAAUACAGAGCGACUCAAGACAUCCAUUCAAGAUGCAGUAGAUGAAAACUGCCGUCUCCAGGAAAGUGAGAAACAGCUUUUACAAGAAGCUGAAGGAUGGGGUGAACGAUUUAGUGAACUAAAUGAACAAACUAAGAUGUUUGAAUCGUCUAAAGCAGAUAUAGAAGAAGUAUUGAAAAAUAAAGAGAGUCAAGUCAAGUCGCUGACACAAUACUUACUGAAGAUGAAAGACUGGAGUUCAGCAAUAAGAGAAGAUGAUGAUGCUGAAGAUAAUCACUGGGACACGGAUAUAAAGGGUGAAACAGAGAAUGGAGAGCAUUUAGAUGAUCAGCAAAAACGAACUGUAAAGAAAUUGAUCUAUGCUGCAAAGUUAAAUGCUUGUUUAAAGACCCUGGAAACAGAAAGAGAUCAAAUGUAUUCAAAACUGUCUGAUGAAAAUAAAGCUAAAGGAGAACUUACAGAACGUAUAGAAAACCUUCAAAGUCAACAAGCUUCCUUGCAGUCUGAAAAUGAACGUUUUGAAAGUGAAGUUCAAAAGCUUCAGCAGAAACUUAAAGUAAUGACUGAGCUUUAUCAAGAAAAUGAAAUGAAACUACACAGGAAGCUGACAGUAGAAGAGAGAGAACGCCUACAGAAAGAAGAAAAACUUUCUAAAGUAGAUGAAAAAAUUAAUCAUGCUGCUGAAGAACUAAACAGCUACAGACAGCGAGCAAAAGAUCUUGAAGAAGAGCUAGAAAGAACCAUUCGUUCAUAUCAGAAUCAGAUUACUUCACAUGAGAAAAAAGCUCAUGAUAACUGGCUGACAGCCCGAGCAGCUGAAAGACACCUCAAUGAUAUAAAAAAAGAAAAUGCACAUAACAGACAAAAAUUAACUGAAACAGAAUUUAAACUUGACCUUUUAGAAAAAGAUCCUUAUGCUCUUGAUGUUCCAGUUAGACCAUUUGGCAGAGAGCAUUCCCCAUAUGGACCCUCACCAAUGGGCCGGCCUUCAUCUGAAACAAGAGCUUUUCUUUCCCCUCCAACUUUAUUGGAGGGUCCUUUAAGGCUUUCACCUAUGCUUCCAGGUGGAGGAGGAGGAAGAGGAUCCAGAGGACCAACUGGCAUGUAUGAAGCUGGUAAUGAAAGAGGAGAGCUGAGUUCUGAUAGAUUAACUGAUCCCCACAGACCACCAUCAGAUACUGGAUCCCUGUCUCCUCCUUGGGACAGAGAACGCAGGAUAAUUCUGCCUCCACCAGUUGAGCCUUACACUGAUGCAGUUCUUCCUCCUCGAAGACAAGAAAGAUUUUUCCCUAAUCCUCCAAAUACUGGAAGACUUUCUGGACCAGCAGAACUACGAACUUACAAUGUGCAGUCUUUUGAUAAAACAGAUGGACAAGCAUCUUCAGAAAAUAGCCCACAGACGGAACCGAGUGGAAAUGGGAUGAAAGAUCAUUCUAAUCUUAGUAACUCGCUACCUGAUCAGUCGCUGGCAUCUGAAAGCGAAGCCGUCAGUUCAGGGUUUGGUCCUCCACCUUUCCCUCCAGUCAGACCUCCGUUGAUGCCUGUGGAUCCUAGAGCACCUUUCAUGAGACGAGCACCUCCUUUUCCUCCCCCUCCUCCUGCUGGCAUGUAUGGACCACGUGAAUGUUUUCCAGUACGAGACUUUGGGCUUCCGCGCCCUCCACUGCCAAUAAGAAAUCCAUUUCCAAUGAGAUCUUAUCCUCACUAUCCACCGCAGCGACCUGCAUUUUUGCCUCCACCACCACCUCCUGAAAACAGAGUUGAGCCACCUCAGUCAAAUCCAUCAGCUGCAGAACAACCAGAACCACAGCAAGAGACUUGA